AUGGCAGAGGGAGACUCCCACUGCACCAACGACGCUGCUGUGGAUUACUACGGCAAGAAGAUCGCGACGUGCUCGUCGGAUGGAACGAUCCAAGUCCGAUCCAUCGACAAUCCCUCUGAUCCCGGUGUGAUUCUCACGGGGCACCAGCUCCCGGUAUGGCAGGUUGCAUGGGCGCACCCUCGAUUCGGCUCCAUUCUCGCCUCCUGCUCCUUCGAUCGCCGCGUGAUCGUGUGGAAGGAUUCCGGGAGGAAUGGGCAGUGGUCGCAAAUCCAGGUGUUUGAGGAGCACCAAGGGAGUGUGAAUUCCAUCGAUUGGGCGCCUCACGAGCUGGGCUUGAUCCUUGCUUGCGGCUCGUCCGACUCGAGCAUCUCGAUCUUCACGGCCAAGCAAGGCAACGCGUCGGCUGCAUGGGACAAGACGAAGAUCGGCUCAGCUCACGAAGGUGGCGUCACUGCUGUUUCAUGGGCUCCAGCACUGGCCCCAGGCGCUCUCGUCUCGUCGCAACCAGCGUCACACAACACCUAUGUUUUCAAGCUCGUCUCUUGCGGUUGUGACAACACUGUCAAAGUCUGGAGGUUUAGCGAUGGAAGCUGGAAGAUGGACUGCUUCCCGCCGCUGUCCAAGCACAGCGACUGGGUGAGAGACGUUGCAUGGGCACCAAACAUCGGGCUCCCGAGAACUACCAUGGCCAGCGCUUCGCAGGAUGGGACGGUGAUCAUUUGGACCCAGGAUCACUCGGAAGCUGGCAGCGAUCAGUGGCAGGGGCGACUGCUCAACGAUUUCAAGGUCCCGGUUUGGAGAGUUCGGUGGUCAUCCGCUGGGAACGUUCUUGCCGUGACGGAUGGAAGCAAUGCCGUCAGCCUCUGGAAGGAAGUCGUGGAUGGGAAAUGGUCGCAACUUACGGCUCUUUAGACAGUCAACACCACGAGGUGAAUUUUUCCUUCUUGCUUGGCGGCUUUGGAUCGUGAUCCAAUUGGGAUGUUAUCUCCUUCCUGGAAUUGUUUCCUUUUAAAUAAGAUCCAGGUUUACUUUUUUAUCUUUUCCUUUCCUUGUUUUUUCUUUUUGGUUUUGUUUACAGACGGAUAUGAGUUCUUGUUGUGAAGAGUUCCGUAAUGAAUGGAACGAAAUGCCGCCAGUUUGUAGAAGAAAGUCGUAGAUGGUGGCAACUUACAGGUCUCUAAACGAAUAGUGGAUACACGAACACGCCAGAUGUUCUUGCGCUACCUCCGCCAGCAGUAACUUGCAGAUCUGGAAACUCAAACUGCACGAUCUCUGGAACUUACGGGACAUGGCCCGAUCGAUCCACUUGCAAGGCUGCU